AUAUAUAAAUUCCGCAGCGCCACGGCCGUGCCCCCGUGGACCGCGGUUGGCUUGCUGCUCCUCUCGGCGAGCGGCGCCGCCACCUCGCUCCCCGCCGUGCAUAUCGACCUGGGGCAUGCACCAACCAACAGCAUAUCUUUGUCGCGGUCGCCGUCGCCGAUCUCUUGCCUCCAAGGUAUCAGUCAGCUGAGCAAUGGAGGUGGCUAACGCCAGCAGGCACGGCGCCGUGCCGCCGCUUCUCGCCGAGGUCGAGGUCUCCAACCUGCCCGGCUUCGAUGUCACCCCUAGCCCGAGCCCGCAACCUCAGGAUGUCGCCCCGAGCCCGCGUCCUCAGCCCAGCUCCAAGCGGCCGUCCCGCCCCGGGGUCCCGCCGCUGGAACGCGUGCCGCGGCGCAGCGAGGUGGUCCUCCCGCCGCUCGACUCGCCGUUCCAGCCGCCGGGCUUCCGCUCGGUGCAGUCCGUGUCCAUCAGCCUUCCCGCGUCGCCGAGCGACUUCGGCGUGCCCACCAUCCCCGUGGCGGGCGCCAGCGCCGGGGACUCGCACGACCUCCGGAGGCAGGCCAUGGAGAACGCGGCGCGCGAGCCGCAGCGCUCGCCGGGGCAGGACAAGGAGAGCAACAGCGUACGGUUCGCGCAGCCGGACAAGGGCAAGAUGAUGUUCCGGUCGCAGCCGAUCCCCGGCGGCCAGCCCCCGCGCUCCGGGAGCAGGGUGGGCCGCGGCGACGGUGGCGGCAGGGCGAUGAACCGGGACAAGCGCUACGACACGUUCAAGACGUUCUCCGGGAAGCUCGAGCGGCAGCUUACCCAUCUGGCCGGCGCGCCGGAGGGCACCAAGGAGGAAGAAGGCGACGACGCCAUCAGCGCCCACCGGACAGCGUCCAUGCCCAAGGUUGACCGCUUCUUCGCCGCGCUGGAAGGCCCCGAGCUCGACAAACUCAAGUCGGAGGAGGAGCUGGUGCUGCCGUCGGACAAGACGUGGCCGUUCCUGCUCCGGUUCCCGGUGUCGGCAUUCGGUAUCUGCCUGGGCGUGAGCAGCCAGGCGAUCCUGUGGAAGACGAUCGCAACGUCGGCGCCGACGACGUUCCUACACGUGACCACCAAGGUGAACCUGGUGCUCUGGUGCGUCUCCGUGGCGCUCAUGUGCGCCAUCACGGCCAUCUACGCGCUCAAGCUCGUCUUCUUCUUCGAGGCCGUGAGGCGCGAGUACUACCACCCCAUCAGGGUCAACUUCUUCUUCGCGCCGUGGAUCGCCUGCCUCUUCCUGGCCAUCGGCGUGCCGCCGUCCGUGGCGACGGACCUGCCGCGCUGGCUCUGGUACGCGCUCAUGGCUCCCGUGCUCAUCCUGGAGCUCAAGAUCUACGGGCAGUGGAUGUCCGGCGGGCAGCGGCGGUUGUCCAAGGUGGCGAACCCGUCGAACCACCUGUCCGUGGUCGGCAACUUCGUUGGCGCGCUGCUGGGCGCGUCCAUGGGGCUCAAGGAGGGCCCCGUCUUCUUCUUCUCCGUCGGGGUGGCGCACUACAGCGUGCUGUUCGUGACGCUGUACCAGCGGCUCCCAACGAACGAGACGCUGCCCAAGGAGCUCCACCCGGUGUUCUUCCUCUUCGUGGCCGCGCCCAGCGUGGCGUCCAUGGCGUGGGCCAAGAUCACCGGCGAGUUCGGGUACGGCUCGCGGGUGGCCUACUUCAUCGCCAUAUUCCUGUACGCGUCGCUCGCCGUGCGGAUCAACUUCUUCAGGGGUUUCCGGUUCUCGCUUGCGUGGUGGGCGUACACGUUCCCGAUGACCGGCGCCGCCAUCGCGUCCAUCCGCUACUCCACGGAGGUGGACAACACGUUCACCAAGGCACUCUGCGUCGCGCUGUCCGUGAUCGCCGUGCUCACCGUGACGGCGCUCUUCUCCACCACGCUGGUACACGCCUUCGUGCUCCGGAACCUCUUCCCCAACGACAUCUCCAUCGCCAUCACGGAGCGCAAGAUGAAGCCCAUCAUGGAGCUGCACGAGGGCGGCUGCGGCGACGACGACCACAGCAGUGGGAACAGCAACGACAUCGAGGCCGGCGCCGCCGCCUCCACAGCAGCAGCAGACGCCUGAACUGAAGCAUGCACACCGAAGUCGCCGAGUUCACGCCGCUGUAUAUGUCCGCGUGGAGGAUGACGCGAUCGAGUUCUUGCUUGACAGAGUGGGUUGGGAACUUGGGAUUGUAGAUCGCUUGCUUGGUUUGAUGGUGUAAAGAGGAGGGGAGCUUUUGAUCGAUUGCAGCAAUUAGUACUCAGUAAACUACACGUACAGAGUGGAUUGCGUUCUACGAUAUGCUCAUUACCACGGAAAAUUAUGCCUGCAGUUUCACUUUAA